UCCGCACAGCCGCAGACGACAGCGCCCGCCCGGCCCCGGCCCAGCCCGUCAGAAAGAAGAGGCAGCUGGCUGAUUCCACUAUCAUGGCUGCUGUAUGGACAAUGAUCCGCUCCUCUGGGGCCCUUAAAUCGCCCUGUCUGAAGCAUGUCACGUCAAGGUCCCUGUCAACCACUUCUUGCAACCAUGACAACAAUGAGGGAUGGUUUUCAAAACUCCUUGUUCGGCGCAUUGAACCGACAAAGGAACCCCAUUCCAGGAUGCUAGCCGACAAGGAAGAAAUUUACGAGCUGCAGACUCAUAACAUAAGACCUGAUUCUACGGAUAAAUAUUUAAAGAAUUGUAAAGAAAAUGCAGGCCUAAUAGCUGCACGCUCAGAAUUAAAUUGUGAGCUUGUGGCGUCAUGGACUGUCAAUGUCGGCGACUUGGACCAAGCUUUGCAUUUAUGGCGUUACACAGGUGGUUUUAACUCAGUUGAUAAAACUAAGCUCAUUCUUGGAAAAGAUGAGAGCUUUUUGAAGCUUCAGAAGGAGCGAGGCAAUUACUUGCGUUCAAGACACCUUCAGUUUUUGCUUGCUUUCAAUUUUUGGCCUACCAUUGAAUCUCGCAAGGGUAGCAACAUUUAUGAGAUCCGUAGUUACAGCCUCAAACCAGGCACAAUGAUUGAGUGGGGUAAUAACUGGGCUCGAGGUUUGAAGUUCCGUAGAAACAAUAAUGAAGCAUAUGCUGGGUUUAUGUCGCAAGUUGGGAGACUGAACAAUGUCCAUCAUAUUUGGUGUUAUGAAAGCCUUCAUCAAAGGAAGGAAACACGUGAGUCAGCUUGGCGUAACCCUGGAUGGGAUGAAUGUGUGGCGUACACAGUUCCUCUCAUCCGAGAAAUGCACUCACGUAUCCUAGUUCCCACGGAAUUCAGCCCAACUCAGUAACAACAUUUAGCAGCACCUGCUUCUCAGAAACAUGGUCUUGGAGAUAUUAUUUAGUCUCAUUAUUUGGACUAUGUACUGUAUUACAUCCUGUUUUAUUCAACCUUUGGAAUUAUAACUCUCCAAAUGCAGUAGGUUGGUUUUUCAGAAUGAAUGUAAUAUUUUUGAGUGAAUCAUCAUUUGGAAGCUUUGUAGCAUCUGUUCUUGGUGGAGAUGUACUUUUGCCCAUGUUGCACCGACACUGAAUCACAAAAGACAAGUGAUGUAGCUGCCAUCCUGCCAUAAUUGGUAUUUUGUCUCUUAAAACUGGCCAUAAACUGAUACGUACUAAAAUUAUCUUCCCUUUUGGUGGUUGUUAUAAACAUGGAAAUGAGGAAGGUUUGAAAUUACAUUCUGAUAGGAGUUCAACAGAUUUCAAACCUACUGAACUGCAUUGCCAUUGCCUUUAGCAAGGUAGUUUUCUAAUUUGUGGUAUUAAGCUAUUUGAAGUACAGAGAAGCUAACAUUUUGUGCCUGAAAGCAUGUUGUCAACUGGACUCAUGUAUACUAGAAAGAUUGUGCAUCUCAUAAAAAUAGUUAUUUUCAUGGAAAUGUUAUUUUGGCUGAUGUAAUUUUUGUUGAUACAUUUAUGCUUCAUUUUCUUUGCAUUUCUAGCACAUCAAUCUUGAACUUGAUGUGUAGAUAUUUUUCCAUUCCGUAGACUUCCUGCCCAUGCCUAACCUAAGCAAGUAUUGGCUGUUUUUUUCUUGCCGUCAAUUCUGGCCUGUACUAUGUGUUUCUAUGGACUGGAUAAAUCUUUCAGAAGGAUUGUAUCAUUUAGACAUGGUGCUGGAGUCUACUUUUUGAAUGUGAUGUUAGAAAUCUGCCUUUUGUAUGUUUACAUUUAUUUCAUUUCUAUUUUUGUUUUAUGUAUUUUUAUUUUGUUUUAUCAUAGCAAUGUUUUCUAAUGCUAUCUUAGCAAUGCUUUGAUCCAGAAAACUUUUUAUACUAUGAAUUUUCAGUCAUCUUGUGGUUAUUAGCUGUGGGUUUUGAAUUUUUGUUUUGAAUUGAAAGAUAUCAUGCAAUUAACUUUGUUGGAGAUAAGAAGAUGAUCCUUUUGUUUAUAUGAUGUUGAUGAGGAUUAGGGAAUAAAUUGUGAUAGACUUCUAAACAAAUUUGUA